CGGCCCCGGGGCAGCCGUCAUCCCACGGCCCAGGCAGAUCCGGACACCGGCGGACCGGACCUGGACGUGGGCGGGUCACGUUCUCAUCGACAGUGAGCUCGUACAUAUACCGAGGCUCUCUCUCUCGUCUCCCACAAGCUCGCCAGUUACUGCCUCUGGCCCUCUACCUCUCCUCUCUCUCCGAUAGCGACAAUGGCUCCUCAACUUCCUGACCUCCGCAUCCACAUCAUCGGCGCUGGCAUGGGCGGUGCCGGUGCGGCCCUCGCGUGUGCCAAGCAGGGCUUCAAGGACAUCCACGUCUGGGAGGCGGCUCCCGCGAUCGGCGAGGUCGGCGCGGGCAUCAACAUCCCCCCCAAUCUCGCACGCGUGCUCGACAGCUGGGGCGUUCUCAGCAUCUGCACGGACGAGGGUAUUGUGAUCACGCACGCCAACGUGCUCGACUGCGAGACGGACGAGGUCCUCACCACCGCCGACUACUCUGGCUACAUGGAGCAGAACUUUGGCUACCCCUUCACGACGGUGCACCGGUCUGCUCUGCAGAAGUGCCUGUUGGAAGGAGCGAAGAGCUCGGGCGUAGUCAACUUCCACCUGGGCAACUUUAUCACCGAGUACGACUUUGACAACACGCGGUUCCAGGUCAAGCACCGGCCGCGCGACGCGAACGGGAGUGCAUCGAAUGUGACGAGCGGCGGCGGUGCUGCCGACGCCGUGACGGGCAAGCUGGCCGAGGGCGGCGAGACCGAGUGGAUCGAUGCCGACGUCAUUAUCUGUGCGGACGGCAUCAAGUCCAAGGCGCGCGCGGCGAUGAUGGCGCGCAAGGGCGAGGUCGACGAGGUCGAGGACACCGGCCAGGCCGCGUACCGCAUCAUGGUGCGCCGCUCCGCCAUCAACGAGGAUCCCGAGCUCGUCCCCUUCUUCACCGGCACCCAGUCGUACCGCUGGAUCGGCGAGAAGCGGCACAUCAUCGCGUACCCGAUCGAGCGCGGCGACCUGUUCAACAUGUCGACGACGCAGCCGGACCGCCACUUUGUCGAGGCUGACACCUGGACCGCCGUCGGGUCCAAGGACGAGAUGCUCAAGACGUUCCACGACUUCUGCCCACGCGUGCAGAAGCUGCUCAACCUGGUGCCCGAGGGCGAGGUGCUCGAGUGGAAGCUGCGCGCCCACAAGCCGCUCCCGCACUGGAUCGACGGCAACGCCGCGCUUGUCGGCGACGCGUGCCACCCCACGCUGCCACACAUCGCGCAGGGCGCAGCCAUGGCCGUCGAGGACGCCGCCGCGCUCGGCGUCAUCCUCGCCAAGGUCAAGAGCAAGGACGACAUCCACCAGGCCCUCCUCACAUACCAGAACCUCCGCAAGCCCCGCACCGACUGGGCCGUUCUUACCGCCGCGGCCAACUCGAAGGGCUUGCACACCAACGACAAGGAGGCGCGUAACGCCGCCUUCCGCAACGUCAAGAACGGCGGGCCAAACCCAGACAAGAUGAUUUCGCGCGAGAUCCACGACAGGCUCUUCCUCUACGAUGUCGAGAAGGACGCGGCCAAGCAGUACGACGCCCUCUUCGCCGCAGCAAAGGACGACUAGGCUGUACCAGUAGCAUUGCGAGUGUAGAAUUGGGUGCUUGGAUUGUAUGCAGGUUCAUUGGCAUUGGCA